UUAUAGUGCUAAUUAAGGCCCAUUUUCAGAAGCCUAGCUUGAAAAUGUUAUCUCUUUAAUCUGAAAUUACAGAGAGAUCACGAUCGCCGGCGAUUCGAAGAAGCAGAUAGAAAAAUGGCGGAGAUGAAGUGUGUCGGAGUAGUUGGUGCUGGACAGAUGGGUUCAGGAAUCGCACAACUCGCCGCCACGAGUGGCCUCGAUGUUUGGCUCAUGGACGCUGAUCGAGAUGCGCUCUCUCGAGCCACCGCAGCUAUCUCCUCCUCCGUCAAACGUUUCGUCUCCAAAGGUCUAAUCUCCAAGGAAAUUGGUGAUGAUGCUAUGCAUCGUCUACGUGUAACAUUGAAUCUUGAAGAUUUGUCUUCUGCUGAUAUCAUUGUUGAAGCCAUUGUGGAAUCAGAAGACAUUAAGAAGAAACUGUUCAAGGAUUUAGAUGGUAUAGCCAAGAGUUGUGCGAUUUUAGCUUCUAACACAAGUUCUAUCUCCAUUACUCGUCUUGCAUCUGCAACGAAAAGACCAAGCCAGGUCAUUGGAAUGCACUUUAUGAACCCUCCUCCAAUAAUGAAACUGGUUGAGAUCAUUCGUGGUGCAGAUACCUCAGAAGAGACGUUUAUUGCUACGAAAGCUCUGGCUGAAAGGUUUGGCAAGACAACAGUCUGUUCACAAGACUAUGCGGGCUUCGUU